GUAGUGGUGAAGAGUGUGUACAGGGAGGCCAUGUGAUGAUGACCAUAAUAGUGCUGUUAUGAAUGUGAUGGUGAUGGUAUAUGACGCUGUCGACGUGAUGGUGACCAGGAGUGUCUUUAAAAACACUGACGAUAAAAAAAAAACUUGUGCGCUAGGCUGCCAGACGUGCGACGGUGUUAGCAGAGAGCCUUGUUACCCAUCGUUUAGUGUGUGAUCAAUUACCAGUACUCAGUGGAGGGGAGGAUACUCACCCCAUGCACCCGUUGAUGUAAUCAAGAUCUUAUUCCGUCACUUAUUAACAUGUUGUCUUACGUGUUUAAGCAUCUUCUCAGUUGUCACUGCGUCAGCCUUGGGUAGUCUGUCACAGCACCAACUACAGUCGCCUCUGCCAUAUCUGGCAGCAAACCUUCCACUCUGAACCAUGACGUCGUCUUGCGUGCCUCCCAAGAGUGGUACCAUCCCUCCAGAGGCCCCGAGCCUUCGCCACGACCACAACGGCAACGACGACAACGGCGACACUUCAAGCGACUCUGAUUCCAUCUGUACAUGUGCGUCGAACAGCACGACGUCUCUGGACGGCUCUCCAGUCAGCAGAGACGUCGGCAGACUGGAUCAAAACACAGAGUCUUCAGUAUCCCCAGUUGCCCCGCCAUCAACUGACACUCAAGCAGCAACCCAGACGAUAGACAGUAAUGGAAAUCCUCAUUUAGUGAUAUACAUUUCCCCUCCAGUGGUGGUGCCGGCGAGAGAGUGCAACAUAUGCAACAACUGCCGCAAACAGCAGCAGGGGUUGCUGGAACACCUGUGGCUGGGUGUGGUUAAGAUCUGCGAGUUCUGUCCGUGGGUCGUCGGGUUCGUCAUCAUCUACUACUGCUUCCACUGGUGGGGCGUCGGGCCCGGGUUCUCUGCGUUUCUCUUCACAGUUGGUGUGCACGCAAUGAUCCGCCUGGUGAGGACUCACGGGGCCCUUGAGUGCUCUUCCCUCCAAGUUCCCGAAGGCCACCUGGAGAGUAACAGCGUGGAGGAGAGAGUCGCUGCUGAGAGCAGGGACCAGCGGCAGGCCCGGCAGGACGCCACCCACGAGUCUGCCAACGAAAAGCCUCCGUCAUAUGAGGCUGCCUUGGUGAGACCUCCUCCGUACGACCUCUACUACCACCUGAGCCCAGCCAAGCCGCGCGACCAAGCGCUGGUCAACAACUUGGAGGGGGGACUCCUCAAAACAGAUUUCCUGAGCCUUCCCAGCCUGGUGGAGGGCUCCAGGGUAGUCAGACCCGAGGACGACGACGCCUCCCUCCCAUCCUACCAGGAAGCCAUCAUCAGACAGUCUUACAGGAACGAGACCUUUCCGGUGGAGAAUCAGGGCUAUGACUGAAGCAUCUCAUUCACGUCUCGUUUAGCCACAGUACGUGUUCCUCUCGUCCAGGGGAGAAUUAUUCAAGAGUGACAAGAAAUGAUCUUAGUUGACAGUACAGGAAUGAUGCUCUUGAUCUCUUAGUCUUGGGUACCUGAGUUCACUGUCCUGCCGCAGAGAGGAAAUAAGGAUAAUCAGUUCACAAUGGUAAUGAGCAAAAGUCCUGCCUUCUCCUGCACCCUCGGCGGCAAUGCUACUCUGAGGGAGGUAAGGCUUUGAGGUAAAGUUCUCUCUUGGUGUUAAUUUGUAAAUAAGCAAUGCUUCUUUGACUUGUUUUACUUGUUUAAAGCCAUAUUUAUUGAGAUUCUGUACAGUUGUAAUGAAUUAAGUCGGAAAAUAAGUCAUUGUUAUAGCAUUCGGGAUUUCAGAAGAAUGAUAAUCAUGAUAAAUUAAUACAAAUCGGCAAAAAACAAAGAGGACGAUAAAUGUAAGAUAAGAAAUGAUGGCGUCCAGAAGAGAUACAAGGGAAGCCGUAGGGGUGACUUCACACCGGCCACAGUGCCAACACCACAGUAUGUUAGGGACACACCGUCAUGGUAGUGCCUGCUUGGCACCCGUUAUCUCAUUCUACUAGGAGUAAGCCGUAUUUGCUCAAUGCCUUAUGCCACUGUUCCGUCCCUGGAAGGCUGGAGAACUGUAAAUAUGCCAGCCAAGUAGAUGUUUGAGUUUGUCCUUAUCAGACGAAAGAAAACGGAAGAAAGAGAGGGAGAGAUGUGGGAAGCGGGGAGUAAGUGGAAGCCAGACUCACCUGGAUCUAUUAGAUACGCAUUAUAUGUAAUUAUAGAGUCAAAUGCUUCCCUAACAGUUGUUAGGGAAACUGCGUAUACAUUUUCCAGCAGCAGCAACAUGGUCACACUGGGGGUUGAGGGACACCAGCACCACAGGGACAGGGACGACUAUGGUCACAUUCCUAGAGCGCUUCUCCGGCGAACAGUGUGGUCUUGCAUGGUAAUAUUGGUGAUGUAAGUGGCUUAAUCCUGUGUGUGUGUGUGUGUGUGUGUGUGUGUGUGUG